AAUAUUUCACUCUCAUCUAUUAUAGCUGCAUUAGCAUUACCUUCUUCCUUUUUCGGGUAAAAUAAUGAAAUUACAGAUUGAGUAUGAAAAGGAAAUUGAGAAGUUGUCAAAGGAACUAGAGAAGAGCAAGUUGGAGGUAGAAGCAAAGCAUGAAGCACAUAUGCAAGCAAUGCUUAGGCUUGAACAGAGCCAAAAGAUGACUUAUGAGAUGUCCACAUUAAUGAAGAAGUGUGACACUCACAAAAAUAAGUACAUCAAGGAAUGUAUGGAGGCAAGAGCUCGCAUUCGCGAGCUCGAGUCGCGAGCGCAGGUGGAACUACCGGAGCAGAAGAGCAAUGAAGAACAACAUAUUACAAUAUCUUUGAAAGAGUACAAGUCCUUGGUUGAAGAGGCUAAGAAGGAAAAUAGUGAAGUUGGAAGCCAUUUAGAGCUAGCAUUGUUGAAAAAGGAAUUGGAAGAUGCAACAAUGAAAAUUGUAGAGCUAAAAGGUGAAUGUGAAGAAGCUCUAAAUAGGGUUAAAUUGGUUGAAAAAGAGAAGAUGGCAUUGGAGGAAAAGUUGAAGAGACAAAGGGAACAUAGGCAUAGAAAGAGGGCUGCACUAGCUGCACUUAGAGAGGUAUCUACACCUCAACAUUUUGGUGCUUCCACAUCUUAUGGAACACCUAAAGUGUGCCAACCGUUAGGUAAAGUUCUCAAUAUCAAGUCCUUGUAAAAGGAACUCUUUGACAUAAUGUCAAAUUAUUGUAUUUGUAUAUUUGUGUCUAGU